CUAUUGUGGGCGGGACCAGAAGUCGCGUUGAGACGCUUCUUAUUAGCUGCCAAGUGAAACAGUAACACGAAAUUUGUGUCCUGUCGGAUGGUUUUACAGGCCUACAUGAAACUUUAGAUUUCAAAAUCUUCAAAUUGCGUCUAGAAGAGGUAGUUACUUUUCAGUCUGUAGUUAAAUUUCUCUUCAGCAGUCGUCAUGGGCGAGGUGGAGCUGUCUUGUCGGGCUUAUGUGAAGAUGUACCUGCACGCCUGCCUGUUUCCCCGCUGCAGCAUCAACGGCCUGCUGCUGUCGUCCAGCUCGGCAGGUGGCGCUGUGUGCGUGACGGACUGCGUGCCGCUGCUUCACUCCCACCUGCCCCUGGCCCCCAUCACCCAGCUGGCCCUCACACAGGUGGACGUGUGGUGUUCACAGACUCAGCAGAGGAUAGUGGGAUACUAUCAAGCCAAUGCCUGCAUAUCAGAUAGCAGCCCGACGCCGUGUGCGCUGAAGGUGGCCGAUAAGAUUGCUGAGCAGUUUGACAAUGCAGUUUUAUUAAUGCUCGAUGGCAGUAAAAUGUCUCCAGACUAUCGGGUUCCUCCCAUCGUGAUGUACGAGCGCAAAGAUUCGAGGUGGAUCCUCAAAGACAAACACAUGAUAAUGCUCCGACAGUGGGAGGAAACCCGGUCGAUCGCCGGCCAGAUGCUGGAGUCGGGCGACCACGCGCUUUUGGUGGACUUUGACAGCCACUUGGACGACAUCACAAAGGAUUGGACCAAUCAGAAACUGAACACCAAGAUAGCGGAGCUGGCAUCGCCGGCCAACGGGAACAUCUAGACUGACCAGUAGCAUCAGUUUGUACUGAGAUUUAUUUAUGUUCCGACCCAACGUCGUCCUGCACAACUGUUUUUUUAAUAACCCGACUGAUCCACCACUCACAGUUUAGAAAGACAUUUAUUUCUUUUUCAUACAAGGACAUACAUGCAUAAAUAACAACAUAUUUACAUCUUGGUAGAUCCCUCCAGUCUUCCACGCUCCUUCAAGAGUGUGCCAUGUGGUCUAGCCCAACACCCCGCUGACUUUAAGGACAAUUCCACCUUAAAAUCACCUUCUACACUAAAAUCCACUUGAUCUCUUGAUCCAGUUUGUUUUACAAGCAACGCAAGUGGAGAAAUGAACAGAAAUGCCUUCUAGUGCAAAAAUCCUGCAGUAAAUAUGAAUGUGUUGAAGCUCAGAAUGGUUUGAUUAAGGUGGUAGUUUGUGGUUUGUUUGUUUUUUUGCAUAUUCUGCCUUUACUUUGGGAUUUAAAAUAUCAUGUAAGUGUUAAAGUGAUUCACUGCUUCCUUUUCAGGAAAGUUAAGAAAAAUGCUUAAAUGUAGAAGAAAGUUACUAUAAUUUUUAGGCAUCUGUAAGCAGAAUGUUAUCUCUUAUUACAGGGAAAUAAGUUUGUAUUACAGUUUAAUAGACUGUAGCUCUUCCUACAACGGACAAAACUAAUAAACUCGUAUAAAAAAUGUCUUCCCAGGAAAAAAUAUAAUUCCGACUGAUACACACCUUUCAUAAACCACAAAUGUCCUGCAUACUGGUCCAUUUUAGUGUGAUUUUUGACGUAUUUCUUCAACUCUAGUCUUGAAUUCAGCUAAAAUUGCUCCGUUUCAGUACAUCGAUUCAUACUGUUACGUGUCUUUUUCACUUCGUACCUCUGUACAAUGCCUUCUGUUACCUUUAAGACCUCAGUUAAAGCAGAUAACACACUGAUUUUUUUUUUUUGGUUAUUAAGGUAACUCCCUUGUGCGCCUGCCUUUGUAAUUUACAGUAAAUUCUGCAAAAAUCGUGUAAACUUCUACAAAAACAGAGAAUCGCCAGAAAACCAAACAUUCAGAGCUUCAGCUGAUUGUAUUUACUGCAGAAAAGUUGCACUAAAACGUGUUUUGCGCUUUUGUUUGAUUCUCAAAACACUAAUCUCAAGUCGACCGAGGCUGAACGGACACACUCCUGGAAAUUAGACUGGUUUCUGAUGUGUUAAAUGAUUUAAAGACAAAAAAAACAAAAGCACUGAACGAUUGAGUUGAACGAACGGAGAUUUGUGUUUCUUCCUGCUGCGGGGUGUGACGUUCUGCCUGUCUCAUGACGAGUGUGAAACUUUUUAUCUAUUAAAACGCAACCAUUAACCCACA